AUGAAUUCAUUCCCGGUCAGCGAACAAGAUAAGGAUGAGUUCCUCAACUAUUUGGACGAAAAUGGUAUUUUGGAUAAACUAACCGACGUACUAAUCAUGUUGCAUAGCGAACAAGAACAACCCGCGGAUCCCAUCGAAUACGUGAGAAGGAACAUGUACGUGGACAACCCGGACAUUGAGGAAAUUAUCGACUUGAAGGUACGGAUCGAUAACGCCGCUAUUGAACUAGCCGAGCUUCAGAGGACCAGGGACGAACUUAGGGCUCAAUUGAAACAAUAUCAACAUGAAUCGCAACUGGAUGGCGAAGGUUACGAGGAAGAACCGGCCAAAGUAUCAGACAACGGAGACUAUUUCGAAUAAUUCGGGUCACCAGUUCCCUGCCACAUACUAUUAAAUACAUAACAAUUAUGUAGUUUUAUAAAUUAUGUUUUUUCAUCACAGCUGUGAGAAGCCUGUAAUCAGUGUAAUCGACUGUUUAAUCGAUGGUCAUUAUAACGAACUGUACUCACCAACAGAACCAAUAUCUAAACUAAUCAGUAAUCCAUAUUAUGCAUAAUGUAGAUCCGUUUUUCCGUAAUUUUUUUCUUAUCUUUUACUUCCCCAAUUUACUAGCAAGUUACAAUCUGCUACAAGAAACCACGCUUGAAGUUUAAAAUCGAAGCAUUUUUUCUACUAUAAGAAGUAAAAAAAUGUUUCGUUCAUUUUUAGGAUAGACACCUACGCAGACCGUAUUUAAAAGCAGUGUGCUUGGCACGCCUACACUUAAAGUAUUUAUAUUAUUUUAGUUAAAACUUUUAAUGAAUUUACUUAAUUUAUUUAGAUAGCUAAUAGUAUAGUUCUAAGUAAAGUAGUGAAUCAUAAUUGAUUAUUCAUUAGCAUAAUAGUUUUAAAGAAAACAAGCGCUACCAGAAUUCAUCAAAAAAUGGUAAGUUGAUUUUAUUAUUGCUAACUGCGUGCUUAAAAUAUUUAAAUUGCCGUAAAAAAUAACUAAACAUUAAAAAU